UCUCUCCUGUGCACAACACUGAUGCUUUGCAAUUCCAAAUCUGCCAAGCACUGAAACAGCACGAGAUCAGAUUUCAUAAAACAAGGAAGCAUAGCUCUGUAAAAAAUACCCUGUGGUGAUAUAACUUUGAUAAUGUAGAAUGUGGUAGAAUGUUUAACCAAAACAUGGGGAGGUUUUUUUUUAAUCCUCUGUCAUCAGAGUGUCGGUUUAAUCUUACCAAACACUCUUCUAUCUCUUCCCCAGUGUGGAUGUUCACAACAGUAAUGACCAGCUGCGUCCGGUAAAGCAGCAUUUUCUGCAUUUUUCUGGAAACCAGGAAAUCAUUUUCAGGAAUUUUAAUGUCACAAAGCUCCCUCUAGAUAAUUCUGAUGUUUCUCAGCCAUCCACAACACAAAAAACAACAGCAUCACAUUGUUCUACAGAACUCGAAAUGGCAUUAAGUGGAGAAAAGGAGGAGUUAUGUGCUGGUUAUCUGCAUAAGUCCCCUAAAGCGUCUCAGUUUAAAAUUCAGAAAUCAUGGAAGCGAAGGUAUUUUGUUCUUGUGAAGGAAAAUAAAACUACAUGCCAUCUUGAUUAUUUUAAAAAUGAAGAAAUGAAGGAGAGUGAACCACUUGGAGCCAUUGAUUUGUCUCAGGUCUCGUGGAUGUUUCUGAAUCCUGAGAACCAUUCUAUGUGGAAAUGGGUCCAUGAGAAUUUCAGAUGCUCUCCCUCUUGUGUUCUUUUUCUGAAAGUGGCAGACAGAGACUAUUUUCUCAUUGGAGAAACCAGUUCAGAGAUUGAAAGGUGGUUCAGUGCCUUGUAUGAGGCUAUGUAUAAUCGUCCUCACAAGCAGCUUGAGCUUAUGGAAGCCAGGGGAAUCAGAGACAUAAGUGCACCUCCGUAUUCAGUAAUUACAGACCAGAGGGUUGAGUGGAAAUUAGAUGCAAGUUCAGACUCACAACCAAAGACGAACAGCAUGAAAGAGAAAUAAGCUGAAGAAAGGUUUCCCAUGAAGAGGCCCAGUGGACAAUAUUCCCAAUAGAUGGCUCAAAUGGUUAAGCUACUAUAGGAUAUUCAAAGAAAAAGAAUUCUGCUGUAAUGUAUGUGUGCCAAUAAUAAAGACCUCUUCUUCUAGAUGGUUACAGCAGAAUUAAUAAUGAUAAUAAAUUUUCAAUCAAAUAUGUAAGUGAAAAAUUGUUAGUCUUCUUCCAAUGUUAGACUACGAAAUAUCCUCAUGUACAUAAGUGUCUUUCUAUAGAGGGCCCAGGAUCGUGUGUAAGAUGAAAAUAAUUAAAGCAUAAAUAAAAAAAGAGGGCCAAGGUAUAAUCAUGAAAUGAAAUGUAUUAGGAUAAGAUUGAUAU